GCCCCCUCCUGAGCUGAAUCCUAGAUCCGUACCUGAUCAAGCCAACCGAUGAGUAAUAGCAACAACUAACAGUAGUCAUUGUUUCUUAAAUAUAGGUAAGAUAGAAAUGGGCCGGAAAAUUAAGAGAAAAGUUAAGGUUGACCCUUUAGUUGCAGAAAAACAGAAAAGAAUACAAAGCUUGAUCGAGUUUCAACGUGAUCAAGUUAAAGAAUAUGAGGCCAAUUUAAACGCUCAGUGCAAAACCAUUUGUGACCACAUAUAUAAAAUGUAUGAUGAUCAUCUAAAAGCCAUUCCAGAAGAAAUGAGAAAGAUGACUAUAAAAGAAAUUAUGGACAUGCAACAAAAAGAAGUUGAAUGCAAGGAUGAAGAUUUAGAAUCUGUAAAGCAGUUAAAAUCAAAUUUUGAACGACAUAAGAUCAUGUCUGAAAAGAAGAAGACACAAAGAAUGUCAAGGUUAGAAAGAAAAAGGAGUCUCAGUGUUAGUUCAGUGAAGUCUAAGCCAGGAAAUUUUGCCAAUGCCUCAUUCGUUCCAGGUCACCUUAAUAGAGUGCUUAGUGACUCUAAUUUGAAUACUCCAGUGUCAAAGCGAUCAGUGGCUGCAUUUGCUGUUACUCCUAAGUUCAAUCCAAAAUCGGUGGUGAACAAAAAUCUUUUGCGAAAACCUCGUACUGGGGAAGUUGUUAUGUCUCUAAAUGGAAGUCCCCUUCUCAAUAUAUUGGAUGAUAUCGCUGGUAAACCUGGUGUAGCUGUUUCCUUAGGCUGUGGAAAGGUGUUAAAUCUUAAUGCAGAUAAAGAAAUUGAAAAGCUGCAGAUAGAUGAUACUACAAAAGCGACUCUUGAGCAGGCAAAACGUAAACUGGAAGAAAUUUUAAAAAAUUAGUAAUUCACUUGAAACUUUUCCUUUUAAAGAUAUUUCAGAUUCAUAUUUUUGGUGAUCACCACUUUUAAAUUCAUUGUUUGUAAAAUUAUAACUUUUAAGAUGUCUGCUGUGUUUUAACUUUUUAUUCAGAA